AUGGUCAGGCAAACACAAGGGUAUUGUAUAGAAGAGGAGAGAAAUGCACUACUGGAAAUAAAAGCCUCACAUAGGAAGUCAUAUGAUUCCAAGAUGGACCAUUUUCUCCCUACUUGGGUUGAUUAUGGCAGUAAUACCCCUAGAAAUGGUGGUGGCAACUGUUGUGAUUGGGAGAGGGUCAACUGCAACACAACCACCGGACAUGUCAUAGAGCUUUCUUUGUACAAUUUGAGAGGGGCGAUAAACCUUUACAUAGAGUCUCGAAGCAAGUUUUGGCCAUUGAAUUUUUCCCUGUUUCUUCAUUUUAAAGAAUUAAAAAGUCUCAAUCUGUCAUAUGAUUUUCUUGAUAAAGAGGUUGUGAAGACAGGACUUGAAAGAUUGUCGAGUUUGAAGAAGUUGGAAGUGCUAGACCUCAGUUGGAAUGAUGAUAUUGACAACGGCAUCCUUCCAGCAUUGAAGACACUUUCUUCACUCAAAAUCUUGGUUCUUGGGAGCACUAACUUGAAUGGAAACUUCCCCAUCAGUGAAUUUGCUGCCUUAGAGAACUUGGAGAUGUUGGAUCUAAGCAUCUGUCCCUUCAAUGGUACCUUCGAGAUUCAAGGUUCUGAGAGGGUUUCCAUAUUGAGGAAGUUGAAAAUUUUAAAUCUUAGGUUCAGUGGAUUUAACGAAAAUAUCAUAACAUCUUUAAACACCCUUUCAUCACUUACAAGCUUGGAUCUUAGCGAGAAUCCAAUGUCUGGACCAUUUCCAGCUCAAGAUCAUCAUAAGUGCACCACUACCAACACUAACACCACCGCCACCACCUCUUGA